AUGAAUUAAUCUUCAUUAAUAGUAGAAGAUAAUAAAUAUCAAUCUAUCUAAAUAGAAGAAGAAAGAAUGUUGACAGCUAAAGCAGGUGAUAUAAAAAAGACAUUCAUUUAUAAAUAUUCUUAAAAGAAUGAUCAUUAAGAAGAGCUGGAAGAUGUAAACUAAUUAUUUGAUGAAAGGCAAUUGAAUAUAUUAAAUGAUUUAGCAAAUGAUAAUGGGUAGGACUCAGAUUUAGCUUAAAUUACAAUUCAUGGUUAAAAAACAAAUUAAAGAAUUUAGACAGUAAUGGAACAGGGUUUUAAAAGACAUUCAGUAUUAGUUGUGAAAAAACCUGUUAAGAUCUAUAGAUUUUAAAUUGAGGUUUUUAAGCCUGAAGAUAGAUUCAGAAUUCUGUGGGAUUUAUUUACUAUGAUAGUUAUAUUUCUUGCAAUUUUAAUAUUACCUUUGGAUAUUAGUUUUACAAUAGAAUCUGAUUUCUUUGAGAAUUUUAAUUUUGCAUCAAUUGCAAUAUUUAGUUUAGAUAUUUUAAUAAAUUUUAAUACUUCAUAUCAACACAAAGGAUAGUACAUUUAUGAUAGAAAAUUAAUAGCUAAAAAAUACUUAAUGGCUUGGUUUUGGAUUGAUCUUGGUAUAAAUAAUUGAUAAGAUUAAUAGUUUCAACUGUUCCUUUUGAUUUGAUUAUAAAUAGUUCUACAUAGGAAAUUUUAAAUUCAGAUGAAAUUGAUGAAAGUCAAAUACAAGAUGCAAGAAAUAAAUAAUAAUAACAAUAAUAAAUAGCAAAUACUUUAAAAUUAUUAAGAAUAUUUAAAUUCUUUCGUUUUAUAAAAGUUAUAAGACUCUUAAGAGUAUUGAAACUUAAGAAAAUAUUUUUAAAAUUAGAAGAUUAUGUAGAUUUAUCAAAUUCAAUGAUAUCAUUGUAUAAAGUAAUAAAAUUGACAUUUAUAAUGCUUUUUGUUGCACAUUGGUUAGCUUGUAUUUGGCAUUUUAUAGCCGAUUAAGAAAAUUUUUAUGGAAAUAAUAGUUGGUUAAAAGCUUAAGAAAUAUAAGAUAAUGAUUGGUAUGUAAAAUAUAUUGCAUCUGUUUAUUGGGCAACUGCAACAAUGACAACUGUAGGAUAUGGUGAUAUAACACCAGUAACAUCAAUAGAAAAAAUAUUUGGAAUAGUUGUAAUGUUGUUAGCUUGUUGUAUAUUUGCAUACAUAAUGAAUAGUAUAGGUGGAAUAUUUGUUUCAAUGGAUUAUAAUGAAAAAAUAAUAAGAUAAAAAAUGGGUUAAGCUAAUUAAUUUUUAAAAUCAAAUGAUAUACCAAAAGAUUUAUAAGCAAGAGUAAGAAAAUAUUUAGAAUAUAAAUAUGAAAAAGAGUCUACUUAAGUAAAUGAAAAAGAAGCUUUAGAAGUAUUAUCUUAAUCUUUAAGAGUUGAAGUCUUAGCUGCAGUAAAUACAGAUUUGAUAAAUAAUUCUAAAGUAUUUAAAUAGAAUAAAUUUGAAAAAGAUUUAUUACUUUAACUACCCUUUGAAUUAGAAGAAUAAAUAUUUGGACCUGAAGAAUGUAUUUUUAUGGAGGGAGAUGAUCCUUUAGAAUAAGAAAAUGGUUAAAACAUAGAAGAAAGAUGUUUAUAUUUUUUAAAUUAAGGAAAAGUAAUGUUAUGUAUAUAAAAAACGUUUACUUGGAUUAAGAAUUUAGAAAAAGGUUCAACAUUUGGAGAAUUAAGUUUUUUUAGUGAUAAAUCUAGAAGUGCUUCUGUUUAUACAUUAGAUUUUGUAUAUGUUUAAAAAUUAAAAAAAAAGAAAUUUAUAGAUCUAUUAAAGAAAAAUCAAACAUAAAAUUAAUACUUUUAAAUGAAUAAACAUAUUAUUGAACUUAAUGAGGAUCUUACUCCUCUUGAUUUACCUUGUUUUGGAUGUUAAAAAGUUGAUCAUUUUGUUUAUAAAUGUCCAAAGUUGCAUUUUGUAAUUAAUAAUGAUAGAAAAUAAGAGUUAAUAUAAGAAUUUAUUUAAGAAUAGAAAAAGGAUAAUAAAAAUUACAAAAGACUUGAUAAAAUUAGAUAUAACUCAAGAGGUUGUCUUUAACUUACAAAUGAAGUUGCAAAUGAAAUAAAGCUGGUUUUUAAUGCAUAAGAAAUUCAAAAUGAUGAUAAAUUAACUUAAUUAUAACAGUAUCAUAUAAAUAAUAAUAAAAUAGACAUAUUGAAGAAGAACCAGCAUUAGAAUGUUUUGAAGAAAUUGAAGAGUUUAAAAUAAUGAAACAUUAACAGGAAGAUGAAUUUGAAAGAAUGUGUAUUAUGCAAGCUUUUUUCACAUAAUUUAAUAUAGAUUAGAUUCUUAAAAUUUAUAAUGAUAGAGUAGAUUAUAUUUUAAAUCAAUGUCUAUAAGAAUAAAGUAGAAGCAUGAGAUUCAAAUUUAAAUUAAAUAAAUCAAAUAAAAAUAAGUAAAGGAUUCGCUCCAUGUCAGCUGAAAGAGCUGUUUACUUUGAAAAACUUAUAGAAAAAUAUGGAGGACCUUCUUUAUUUUUAGAAAAGUUACAUUAGGAAGAAUGA